GCGCCUGCAAAAGUGUCCGAGGCUGAUCACCUUGCCUGUCACGCCGCCAUCGCAGACUCCCCGGCUUACUGUUGCGCGCCCACGCUGGCCCAUCGUCGAGUGUUCGUCUGUCGCGUCCCCGCCGCCGCGCCGCUGCGCCAGCCAACAAGCACCGCCGAGCCUCCUAACCCGCAUCUGCCAGCACCGCAUCCACCACAACACCACGCCGCCCCCCCAUCUCCCCCCAUCGCCGACGCUCCCCCGCCUUCCUGCGCAAGCCAUCGCGACAGCGCGCCGUCCCUCCGGAGGGUCCUCUGCCCUAGCCGGAGACUGUCGACACGCCGCCCCCGGCUAUGGCAACCGUCGCACCACCACCGGCGAGCGAACGGAAGCGCGUCAAAGUCUACGAGCUCAAGAACAAUGACUGGUUCGACAGAGGCACCGGCUUCUGCAAGGGCGUUGUAGCAAAUCAGGAGGAAGCAAGGAUUGUAGUCCUGUCCGAGGACGACCAGUCGCGACAGCUCCUCGAAACGCGCAUCUCUAAGGAUGAUGGCUAUCAGAAACAGCAAGAUACCCUCAUCGUAUGGACUGAGCAAAAUGGCACCGACAUGGCCCUCAGCUUUCAGGAGCCCGAGGGCUGUGCCAGCAUAUGGGACUUUGUCAACGAAGUGCAAUCGCGAUUGCAGGCUUUAGCGCAGGACGAUUUGGACCAUAUUAGUCCCAUACUUCUCCCAAACCCAGACCUCGGCAACCUUCACGAGAUUGAAAACCACAUGCGCGCCGCAAACUCUACUCCAGGGGGGCGAGAAGCCCUCGCCAAAUUCAUCCUUGCUCAGGAUUACAUACCGAAACUGAUUCCGCUCGUCGACAUGGCCGAAGACCUCGAAAGCGUAUCGGAUCUCCACCGGCUAUGCAGCAUCAUGAAGAUGCUUAUCCUACUCAACGACACGGCCAUUAUCGAAUACGUCGUGACAGACCCCGUUGUUCUGGGAGUUGUUGGAGCCCUAGAAUACGACCCGGAUUUUCCCUUGCACAAAGCCAACCACCGACAAUAUCUCGACGACGAAUCCAAAUUCAAAGAGGUUGUCAAGAUUGAAGACGAGAAUAUCAAGCGGAAAAUCCACUACACCUAUCGCCUUCAGUAUCUCAAAGACGUGGUUCUCGCGCGCAUCCUCGACGACCCCACCUUUAGCGUUCUCAACUCCCUCAUCUUCUUCCACCAAGUCGACAUUGUCCAGCACCUUCAAGCAAACGGCCCCUUUUUGAAAGAACUUUUUGGCAUCUUCUCGCCCAAGGAGCAGAAUCUCUCGAGAAAAAAGGACGCAGUCUUAUUCAUCCAGCAGUGCUGUGCCAUAGCAAAGAGCUUGCAGGCAAACGUCAGGGCGCAGCUCUAUCAAAACUUCAUCAGUGGCGGUCUGCUGGAAGUCAUACAGUUUGCUCUCAAACACCAAGAUGCUUCUGUCCGAGUAGCAGGAACAGACAUACUUGUGUCUUUGAUCGACCACGAUGCUCUCAUGGUGCGCAGCUACAUUUUCAAGGCCAUUCAAGAAAAGACCAAGCCACUUACCGAUACCCUGAUCGAGUUGCUUCUAAUUGAGGUGGACUUGGGGGUCAAGGCACAGAUGGCAGAUGCGAUUAAGAUUCUGCUGGACCCCAAUGCCAACUCGGCGUCGAUAGAAGCGCUUGGGCGAACUAAUAGCGACUUCCUUGCUAAAAUGAGGGGUCAACUUCCAUCCAUACCGCAAACUGACUCUUUUAUUCAAAACUUCUACGACGAGUCCGCACGGAAACUCUUCCAGCCUCUCAAAGAUCUCGAAGGCCGCGAGUCGAUGGAAGAUCUAUCAAUGCAAGAAGUGUCAUUAUACGCCCACCUUGUCGAAGUUCUUUGUUUCUUCAUCCGUCAACAUUCUUUCCGCAGCAAAUACUUCAUUCUAUCCGAAGGCCUUGCAAUGCGGGUAGCUCAACUAAUGGCCUGUCCGGAGAAGCAUUUGAAACUCACUGCGCUCAAGUACUUCCGCACUGUUCUCGGUUUCCACGACGAAACACAUAACCGCCAAAUCAUCCAACACCACCUUUUCGAGCCCAUCUUGCAGAUCUUGUUUGAUACAAUGCCUCGCGACAAUCUCCUCAACUCGGCAUGCCUGGAGCUGUUUGAAUUCAUCAGGCGCGAGAAUAUCAAGAUGAUUGUUCAGCAUCUGGUCGAGACGUACCGGGAUAAAUUACAGGCUGUGACCUAUGUUGACACAUUCCAAAAUCUGAUCCUCAAAUACGACCAGAACCAUGAGCCAGUCACUACUCAGGAGCUUGAUAAUUCAUUUACAAGCGUGGACAGUGACACACCUGCGCGACACCCAGCAAAUGUCAAUGGUGGCAAGUGGGGUCAAGGCUUGAAGGACGUGGAUGCGGACGAAGAGGCAUACUUCAACACAUCGGACGAUGAGGAUGAGCAACUUGCCACCACUGGCAAACUCGCCCUCAAUGGAGCAUCGCCGGUGCGCCCCCUCGUUAAUUACCCGGAUGACGACGCAGACGAUGCCGACAUGGAUGAUCUCGCUACCGGGCUGCCAGCCUCUGUGCACAAGAUUUCGGCAGAGACGCAAACCCCAGAAACCACUCCAUCACCAAACUCUGCUUCUGCGGGAUCGCCGCCGGAACGUAUAUCCGAAAAGCGGCGUAGAGAAGAGGAUGAGGAGGAUGAGCUUCUUGCAAGCAUCUCCACAUCUGCAGGUCCAAAGCGUCGUGCUUCAACGUCCAGCAACGCAAGCUCAGGAAGCCUGCGGAACUUGCGCCGGAAGUCACCCAAUGUCAAUGCCGGCAAGGAUGGUGGUGGAACACCAAAGAAGAUCUCGUUGUCCAUUCCACUAAAAAGUAGUGGUGAGGGAGGCGCGGGCGAAUAGUAUCGCACGACCCCGCUCUCAGAUAAAGAUGAGCUGCAAGAGAGAAAGAAAGGCUUCUCGUUUCUGCAGCGCGAUGCGCUUUAAACAAUCCUAAAAAGAUACCCAUUUGGAAACUCGAGGAGACAGAUGACGUUGUAUGAAAUGGGUGCGUACGGGAUUUUUUGGCUUCUUCUUGCAAAUGUGUUUCAAUAGGGUAGCGGCAUUGCGAAUGGUGUAAUUAUCUAGGCGUUCAGUAUCGUCGCCCUCCCCGGCGAACGAGACAGGUUGGGACUGUGGCAUGAUGGGAUGAUGCAGCGCUGUGUGUCGGGCCUAUCACCGUGCGUUUGGGUGUUUGGGUUUUCUGUGCAUGAUCAAGGGCAUCAUCCGGCCUGUGUAUUUUAUAUCUCGUAGCCUUCGUUCGGGAAUGCCAACUCGUCAUCGAAGUCA